AUGCAGACAAGUUGCUACGACCUCAAGCGCUCUUCUGGUGGCACGAUUUCCAGUUCCCUGCGUACGGGCUACUACAGAACAACUACGGCGACAGCCAAUGCAGCCUCGUCUGAUCAGCUGCUCCAAGAUUGUCAUCUUCUGACCCCUGGCUCCAAGUGUUGUGGGCAAUCUGACGGAAAAUGCAUCUGCACUGCGGAGCUGAUGGUCUCGAAGCGAAGGAUGCGGCACCACGGACACGGCGGCCCGGCGGUUGGGUGUGAUUUCGAUCAGAAGAAUGGGCAUGCCAUUGUGGAGGGAGUGGGAAAUAAUGAGAGGAGGGAGGUGGAAGAGUCGGAAUUGGAGGAACCUAAUGAGAGUGUCACAAAAGAGGCGAAAAAUGCGAAUAAAAUGGAAGUCUAUGAAGAGAGAGAUUUGCUAGAAGGAGGUAACAAUGGCUGCUACAGUUUUGCGAUAAUGGAGCAAGAUGAAAAGUGUCUUCAAGUGCGUGGUUUUGUCCGUCGAGAGGGGAUCAAAAGAGAAAAAGGAGGCGAACUUGCUGAAAAAGGGUUUCGUUUGAUUCAGACCGCAUGCAAUGAACGGGAAAAUAACGAAAACCGAUGUGACCAAAUAACCGACAAUCCCGAAAUUACAAAGACACACUUGAGCAGCAUUGGUUCACUUGACAACCGGACCCCAGCAACACACGAGCUGAUGCUAGGGAAACGCGAUGCCAAGAGCACUAGCCCUGGUCACUUCGCUAUGCUGCACCAUCCGGCUUGGAGAAAGACGAGAAUGGCGACCUGGCAUCCCAGACCUCAGCGUCCAGGG